CUUCAAACGCGAUCAAUAGCAUUAGAGGUGGCCUCUGUUACGCGAUCAUUUCAGAUGAGAUCAAAGUAGCAGGCUACCACUUAGCAGGAUGAUGAAUGCUGCUAAGGUAGCCAUUUUGAAAGUGUGUUGUUUCAACGACACCAGGUCCUUUCAGAUCCUGUGUGAAUGAUUUUGACACGAAGGCAAGAUAAUUGAAAAUUGCUUGGAAGUGCGCUCAGAAGGAAUUUACCCCCUCAACACAUUUUGGAUUGAGAAAACCUCUUGAUACUAAGGAUAUUUUUGACCAAGCCGGACUUCUUUUGUGGAGUGGAUUAAGACUUUUUGGUCACCUGAGACCCCCAGUUUUUGUUUCUGAAUAUCGAUGAAAACUGAGUUUUUCCCCUUUUCUUCUUUAGCUGUGAAACCACAGAUAAUUAAAUGGGCAUUUUUCCAAUGUGAUCUUAAAACAGUCAAAGAUCAAGCGGAAAUUAUAAUGCUACAUCUACAAGCGUCUAUAUUUCAAUAGCUGAAAUCAUACAUGAUGGGAAUGUAACAUUGACUAUCUCCUCCUUCAUUGUCAUGUGACUUUGAAUCUAUUAGCAUUAUUUUUCUAUAGCAGACAGUCUUUCACCAUUUUGAUGAGGUGAGCAGUGGUUCUCAGUUUCCCCCAUUGCCAACGAAAGACUGUCACCGAACUCUUUUUUUUUUUUCCUACCUGCAGUUUAUUCAACCUUAAAAUGACCCGAUAAUAGUCUGUUGUGACGCCAACACAUACUGGCACACAGUGUGGCUGGACAAUAUCUUGUUUCUUACCUUUCCAACUGGUGUCACUUUGUAACUGUUGAACAUCCAUGUGGUGGAGUCUGCUCCUUUGACUGAUUUUUACUGGCACGAAAAGCCGCUUCCACAAAAUUGUGACAACUGACUUGACAAGGAGAGACACAAAUCAGGUUUCGGAUAUUCUCUCCUCAGCACAGCAAAUGACUUGGAGUCAAAACUUAAAGCUGGACUAUAAAAAGUAGCACUUGUCAUGGCCCAGUAGCCCCGGCUGUUUAAAAGAAAAAGGAGAAUCUUUCCCUCAGACGUCUGUACCGUUGGUUUCGUCAUCCCCUCUGGCCAGUUUUCUGGAUCAUCCUUCCAGAUCAUUCCUAAAAAGCCUUCACCUAUCUCACCCUGGACGAAGGGAUCUGCCUCUGGGAUAAGGGGCACUUUUGUCCUGUACUUGGAAGAGAGGUGUUCGGCAGUGUGCACCUACCUACGUGCCCAUCAGUGCCAACAGGCCUGAGGAACUGAGCGCAACCAGACAGAGAGAGGAGGCAGAGGACUUCAGAGCCACAAACUCUGGGAUCCUGGCCAUGAGGUUUGAUGCCUCGAUCCACUGACCGGAAACACUGGACCUAAAUGGCGCAGCAUGACUUUGUCCCUGCCUGGCUUAACUUCUCCACACCCCAGCCGGCCAAGUCCCCUGCUGCCAACCUUGAGAAACAAGGUGAGCCCCACCACCACAGAGAGGGCCGAAACGCUGUGAGUCGCCGCCGCCACAACUCAUCCGAUGGCUUCUUCAACAACGGCUCCCUCCGCGCCCCAACAGGUGAUGGGUGGCAGCAGCCGUCUCUGCUCCUGAGACAUGACUCGGUGGACUCAGGUGUGGCCAAAGGAGGGAGCGGUGGGUUGGCAGGGGGCUCCUGUUGGAAGGAAACACCAAACUGGCACGGGGGGCUGCGGGGUCUCCCUGACGGCCACCACCACCAGGGUCGCCACCCCAAACGGGGAGGGGGGGAGAGAGACAGGCAGGGGGGACACAGACAGCGCAACGGUAACUUCCAUCCCCGAAAGGGCUCCUCGUACCAGGACAAAUUCCCCAACGAGGAACGCAAAGAUGCCAAGGAGGACAAGCUGAAGUUUGUGGAAGAGGACUUUCCCUCCCUCAACCCUGAAACAACUGGAAAACCUGGGGUUCAAGGGAGAACAGUGGCUCCCCAUGCCGGAGUUUGGGAAAACCCUCCCAAUGGUAAACAAAUGGUGUCCAAAAUGCUGGUCAUAAAGAAGGUUUCCAAGGAGGACCCCAGCACAGCCUUCUCAGCAGGGUUUGCCAGUGCUGGUGCCUUGCCCACCAACGGCAACAAGGCCCCCAUCCCAGGCUCCAGUGUCUACAAGAACUUGGUCCCAAAGCCUGCCGUGACCCCUUCCAAAAGCACCCAGUGGAAGUCUGGUGGUAGAGAGAUUAGCAAGCCCGGCCUCCACAUGCCAGGUCGAGAUUCAGUCUUCACUAGCCCCGUCUCUGCAGCCAAACCCAGCACCCCAGUCAGUGCACCACAGCACAACACGUCAAAAGAGCAGCCACACCCUUCCAGCACAACCCCUCCCAUAGACAUCGCCCCCUCCCGGCUGAAGCUGAUGCGGCGCGGUCCAGACCGUAAGAGCGAGUUCCUGAGAGCGCUGAAAGACGAGGGCACCGGAGAGCUGAUGACAAGCAGCAGCCCGGGAACAUCCGGAGAGGGAGAAAGCAGCACCCCGGAGCCCAAAGCCUACAGUGAGGAUGUGCAUCACGAGAACGGCCUGUCCUACUCCCUCAGUGACUCAGACACUGAGCAUCUGUCCAGCUCUCUGGAGGCAGAGCACAGGUUACUGAAGGCCAUGGGCUGGCAGGAGUACCCAGAGAACGACGACAACUUCCUGCCUCUGACGGAGGACGAACUGAGAGAGUUCCAAACUAAAACUGAGCAGCUCAAGAGGAACGGCAUUCAGCGAAACGGGAUUCUUCCAAGGGCACGGGGCGUGACCCUCCACUUCACCCCCUGGAGGAGUGUGGCAGAGGCGCAUGUGGAGGAGGGGUCAGAGUCUGAAACCAGUAGCAGUAGCCAGACCUCUGACGACGACGACUGCAUCAGAUCAUAACGUGGCUUUACGGAACAAAAACUAAAAAAAAAAAAAAAAAUACAAAAAAAAAAAGAAGAAGAAAUACACAAUGGUCAAUACCACAUCCCAGCAGAGCAAUCCCACUCUUCCUCAGUCAUCUUUGUUUUUAGAGCACCAUUUUGAAUUUCUUUUGUUUUGAUUUUUUUGAUGUUGUUCUUGCACAAGGGAAAAACCAAUCAUAUCCCAGUGAAGGGGGAGAUUCCUGCUCCGCCAGACGUUGUUUCCCUGCGUUUCCUCCUUCACUGCUGUCCUUAACCCCCCUCCCCUGAACUCCCCCGUUCCUUUUUCUUCCUCGCUUUGUGGAACUGAUGUGUUCGUCAAGAAAAGAAGGGCAAUGAAUGCACACUUGAUUCUGCUUUAAACAGACUAACUCAUUUCAUCGAAGAUGCUGAUGACACAACACAUUAUUAAUGAUAUUAAUAAAGUUGGUUCCUGACAAGCUGAUAUGUUUCAAUAUGAA